AUGGAUUCCAAAUUUGGGUUCUGCUACUCCAACCCUCUCACCCCUCAGGACCCUUGCAUAAAAGUUGAUUACUCCAUUGAUAACCAUACUAGAACAUGGAAUGUUUCUAGACUCUCUACCCACUUUGAUGAUGUUUCUGUUAAGAAUCUAGGCAUUAAUCCCUCUCCAUGUAAGACUCUUUGGUUACAUAUCUGGAAGAUUAGAGUUCCUCACAUAAUUCAACUCUUCCUUUGGAAAGCUGUUAAAAAUGCUCUUCCAUCUAGAACUGUCCUUCAUACCAGAAUGCCCAUGCAUUCUGUUGAAUGUGCCAGAUGCAACGAUCCUCAUGAAAACAUUAUGCAUACUUUGGUUCUGUGUCCUUUUGCUUCUAAGACCAGUAGAAAUAACUUAGUCUUUCAAAAUGUGUUUGAAAAUCAUAAAUCUGUCAUAGAAAGAGCUAGGGCAAUGCUCCUUACUAGGAAAAAUACUUUUGUUGCUACCCUUUCAAAUCCCAUAGCUCUAAAUCACAAAUGGAUGCCCCCUUUGGUUGGUUGGAUCAAAUGUAACACUGAUAGAGCUUUUGAUGACAUCUCUGGAGAUAAUGGUGCAGGAUAUGUGAUGAGAAAUUCUACUAGCAAAUCCUCUUUCUGUGCUGCCAUGGUUUUUGAAGUUUCAUCUGCAGAAGAAGCUGAAGCCAGAGCCAUCUAG